GGCCACUGACCAUCAUCUGGCACGAAAAAUUGGCUACUGUUUAAUGAGUGAUAGUACCGUUCCAAGCUUUCCUUACAGUACAGAGCAGGUGUGUAAGGAAAUAUUCGAUUACAGGUAGUGUCCCAACUUCUGUGCCCAUAAAUAUUCGGAGUCUGAAUACUGAAGAGUACGGGGUGCUGCUCAGAGUGAUACUUGUUUGUUGCCAACAUAGCUCCAAAAUUACCAACCUUUUAACGGAUAGCGGGCGAUGUUUGAUCAGUCUCACAUCUAUGGUAGCAAGAUCUUUGGAGUGUUUUGGUUUGUCGUGUGCGUGCGGUAUGUUGUGAUGCGUAUUUUCCUUGUGUAUCAUCGUUUAGAAAAGUAAUGCAUAAAGGUAUUCGAAGCAUCAUGGUUGCUGCUUAGUGAAGUACAUUUAAUUUCUCGUUUCAUCUGUUGGGAGGAGAAGUGUAGUUACUAUGGCUGGUGAUGAAGAUGAAGAGAUGCCGAUCCAGAAGGGACCGAUUGACAACGCAUGGGCUAUGAAGAUACCAUCGUUUAAGAAAGAAGACAACCCUCACCGAUUGCUGGAAGAAAGUUCAUUUGCUACGUUAUUUCCGAAAUACAGAGAACAUUACUUAAGGGAAUGUUGGCCACUUGUGCAGAAAUCGUUGGACGAAUAUGGUAUCAAGGCUGAACUUGACCUUAUUGAGGGUAGCAUGACAGUAAGAACAACUCGACAUACUUGGGAUCCAUAUAUAAUAAUUAAAGCUAGAGAUAUGAUAAAGUUGCUAUCCCGCAGUGUACCAUAUGAGCAAGCAGUCCGUGUGCUUCAAGAUGACAUAGGUUCUGAUAUAAUAAAAAUUGGAUCAUUAGUAAGAAACAGAGAGAAAUUCGUUAAAAGGCGGCAGAGGCUAAUAGGUCCCGAUGGGUGCACUUUGAAAGCUAUUGAGCUACUAACUAACUGUUACGUUUUAGUUCAAGGGCAAACAGUUGCAGCCCUUGGACCUUACAAAGGACUUCAACAAGUUCGCAGGAUUGCCGAAGAUACGAUGCGAAACAUUCACCCAGUUUAUAACAUUAAAGCGCUCAUGAUAAAGCGUGAACUCGCAAAGGAUCCCAAACUUAGAAAUGAGAACUGGGAAAGGUUUCUUCCAAAAUUCCAUAGCAAGAAUUUAAGCCACAGAAAGAAGCCAAAAAUAAAGAAGACUAAGAAGGAAUACACACCAUUCCCACCUCCGCAGCCGGAGAGUAAAGUGGACAAAUUAUUAGCAUCAGGAGAAUACUUUCUAAAAGAAGAACAACGUCGUGCCAAGAAACGCAAGGAAAAAGACGAUAAGCAAGCAGAAGCUGCUAAACGACGUGAAGAAAAACGACAGAAAGUGUUUAUUCCUCCUGCUGAACCUGAAAGGAAGGAUGUGAAACCUCAUACAAGUACUGAUGUGGACAUUAAUGCUCUUAAAAAGAAAGUUAAGGAAGCACAGAAGAAAAACAAAAGUAAGCCACAGUUUGAUAUAAGACAGUAGUGCAGUGCACCUUAAAAGCUCCAGUCAGUCAGUUCAUUGUUGUGCAGUGACACCGAGUGACUUUUGUUAUAAAUUUAUGAAGAACUAUGUCAUGGCAGAUUUGACGCCAUAAUUUAUGCCAUUUGUAGCGGUGUGUGACAAAUGUACAAAUUUUGUUCUGUUUGAAAUGAUUUUCUGAUAAAGUGAAAAGGAAAAUUUGCAAUAAAUCUGGAUUUAUGUUGGUA